ACAAUAUCAUCAACCAAACAACCCCUAAGAAUAUACAUGUGUCGUGUGAUUUCUGGCAAGGUAACAAUGCUUCUUUUCUUUUUCUUUCUUUGGGUUAAAGUGUUAAACUAAGAGGUGGUCAGUAGUGAGCACGUUGGAACUUUUGGGGCUUAGCCGACACUCUCAGCAAAUAGCAUCAGCCUUCUCCCUCUUCAUUCCUCGAUUCGUCUCUAGAGAUUGGAUCCUCAAUUUAAGCUCAAAACUUCCAAAAACCUUGUUCUUUCAGAUGGCUAACCGAGCUCCUAUCAAAACUAGCAACUCAGCCCUUAUUGCCAUGAUCGCCGAUGAGGACACAAUUACAGGAUUUUUACUGGCUGGAGUUGGCAAUGUUGAUUUGAGGAGAAAAACAAAUUACCUCAUUGUGGAUUCAAAAACAACAGUGAAGCAGAUUGAAGAUGCUUUUAAGGAAUUCACCACAAGAGAGGACGUCGCAAUUGUGUUAAUCAGCCAAUAUAUUGCCAACAUGAUACGGUUUUUGGUUGAUAGUUAUAAUAAACCAAUUCCAGCCAUUUUGGAGAUUCCUUCAAAGGACCACCCAUACGAUCCUGCCCACGAUUCUGUUCUGUCACGAGUGAAGUAUCUCUUCUCUUCUGAAUCAGUCGCCUCUGGAAGGCGUUAAUGAUGGAAUAGUGUUUCUAUAUGCCCCAAACAUUCGAAAUAACUUAAUAUUGUACCAUGUCACCCAUCUUAUCAAGCCGUAUUCAUCUUGCAAUCUUUGUUUGUUUUAGAUAUUUACGCGGAUUGUGUUGUUCUUGAUUGUUGAUUUGUACAAGUUAAACCGACUAUGUGAGUGAAUAACCUGUAAUAAGUCAGUUGCUGGCGGCUUCUGUUCUUUGGGAAGUUGAAAUGAUAUAUGAAUAUUACUUCUGUAGGAAUAUUGAGCACUG